UAAUAGAUUACUAGAGGCAUUAAGCUAAUAACAGUAGUACGCCUAAACCUAUCACGCAGUGGCCGGCCCUGCCCUAUUCAUAUCCCAUAGUACUGGUUCCGGCGCGGCAGGCCAGGUACUGAUAGAUCUCGCUGAUAAACGCCGCGAUCCACUAGUCAGAGUAUAAUUAUAUAGGCAGAAGGCGCUGGCUCGCAGAUCUGCGUCACUUUCUUCUCCGAACUCUCCCUCCCUCGGCCAGCAGUGAUGUCCAUUAAUCCGCCAUCUAUACUCCAUCCAGUGUUCAAUGCGGCUCAGCCGUUUCCACCGCUCCCUGAUAUCAACAAGGAGAGCAUUCGGACACAGGUGUUUACACAUCGCUCGUAUUAUGGACGCCCAAAUCAUGUAUUCGAGGACCAUCCACAGGACCCGAGUCCAGAUAAUGAAAAGUACGAGCAUCUUGGGGACACUGUGUUAGGUCUGGUCGUGACGAAGCUCCUCUUGGAGAUGUACCCCAACUUGCGCGUUGGGCCAUCUACGAAAAUCCGAGCUCUGGUCGUAGGCAACUCAACCCUUGCUGACAUCUCGCGCAUGUACGACCUACCAGCAAGACUGCGUCUGCAUCCUGCUCAGGCGAUUACCCUACGCGCUUCUGUCAACAUUCAAGCCGAUGUCUUCGAAUCCUACGUGGGCGGGCUCUAUCUCGAGCAGGAUCUGCCGGGCGUCCAGCCCUGGUUGAAAGCCUUGUUUACACCUUACGCGACUGAGGCUUAUAAACGUGUGCGGGAGCAGCAUCGUCUCCCGCCCCUUCCGAUAACUGAGCUUGUCGCGCCCGAGUUAGUUCUGUCCUCACCCCCACCAUCGCCCCCUCAUCACCGCCCCGGCGCCACCCCGACGACCAUAGGCCAUCUUGCGUUAUUCAAUCAGCAGCUCCAGAAGGCCAACAGGAUAGUUGAGUGGAUCUACUCAGACGGGACUGGCGAAGGCACAAAGACGACUCCAAUUUGGAUCGUCAGGUGCGAAGUAGAUGGGGAAGUUUACGGUCGCGGACAAGGUGGGACUAAGAAAGCCGCCCGAAAUGAGGCCGCCAAGGAGGGUUUGAAGAAGAUGGGCAUCGAAGUCUAACAGUGACUGAGGCGGGCUUUCAGCACCGUCUCUCCAGACUUGCGCUGGCUGGAGAUCUACUCUUCUAUUGGUGGCAUCGUCGGCCUGCGCUAGUGUGUAGAGGUUGUGCAUGAGAUGUUGCGUCAAUACGUCAACAUGAACGUGAUUCGCUAUUCCAUUGUCUUGAUUCCUUGAUUUCAGCUUUUCGUACUAUUCAGUUUUAUGAAAAG